AUGGAUGUCUUCGUUCAACUGCCUGGUUCAGAAAAAGCAGAGCGGGACAGUGCCAGCCUGCACAAACCCGUCAGAGUCACUCAGCGUUCACUGAACAACUGCUUUGUACGAGGACAAACCACAAUCGUGGGCGAGGCCGUCUUGGAAAAUGCUCGGCUCAUGCUGCAGACGGAGACUAUCCAGGCGGGUGCGGACGACUUUAGAGAGAGAUAUGAAAACGAGCUGCCCUUUCGAAAGGCGGCGGAAGAGGAAAUCAACUCUCUGUAUAAAGUCAUCGAUGAAGCUAAUUUGACAAAAAUGGAUCUGGAGAGUCAGAUAGAAAGCCUGAAAGAAGAACUCGACUCACUGUCAAGGAACUAUGAAGAGGAUGUGAAGGUGCUGCAUAAACAGUUGGCAGGGUCUGAGCUGGAGCAAAUGGAUGUUCCCAUUGGCACAGGUCUGGACGACAUCCUUGAGAUGAUCAGAAUUCAGUGGGAGAGAGAUGUCGAAAAGAACCGCGUGGAGGCAGGAGCCCUGCUCCAGGCUAAGCAACAAGCGGAGGUGGCCCACGUGGCACAGACCCAGGAGGAGAAGCUGGCCGCUGCCCUCAGGGUGGAGCUGCACAACACGUCCUGCCAAGUCCAGAGCCUCCAGGCCGAGACAGAAUCCCUGCGGGCCCUGUCAUCUCAGAUCAAGAAUGGGAUUCAAGGCCACAAGUCCCAGAAGACCACUAGUUUACUUGCUGGAGGGUUUAGCAAUUCAAGAACGUCCCUUCGGAUCUCCAGAGACCUGCAGAAUAAGUGGCUCCUGUGA